AACAAUUGCCUCCAAACGUGGUGCUGGCUUUGGCUUUGCCGAUACCAACAGGUGGAAGAAAAUGGCAGACUCAGUGGAGUCAACUCCCCUGCCUUCACUGGAGGAUCGUCUGGCUGUCCUUUGCCCGUCUCAGGAGCUUCUGGAGUAUUAUCAGAAGAAGAUGGCCAGCUGUGAGGCAGAGAAUGAAGACCUGCUGAAGAAGUUAGAGCUCUACAGAGAAGCUUGCGAAGAGCAGCAUAAACUUGAGUGGAACUUGCAGCAAAGGGAGGAAGAGAUUGCUGAACUGCAGAAAGCCCUAAGUGAUAUGCAGGUCUGCCUCUUCCAGGAAAGGGAACAUGUUUUACGACUCUACUCAGAAAAUGACCGACUAAGAAUCAGGGAACUGGAAGACAAGAAAAAGAUUCAGAAUCUGUUAGCUCUUGUGGGACCAGACACUGGUGAAGUGACCUAUUUUCAUAAGGAGCCUCCCCACAAAGUCAGCAUUCUCCAGAAGACUAUCCAGGCUGUGGAUGUGUGUGAGCCUUCAGCUGCCAAAGCAGAUCCUGGAGUAAGCAAAAGACGAGUAAGAAUAAAGGACAAGGAGGACAUUGCUGAGCGCUACCAGAGGGACAUAGAGACACUCCUCCUGCAGGUGGAAGCACUUCAGGCGCAGCUGGGAGAGCAGACAAAGCUUUCUAGAGAACAAGUUGAAGGGCUCAUGGAGGACAGACGGAUCCAAAUUGAGGAGAUCCAAGUUCAGCACCAGAGACAUCAAGAGAAAAUCAAGGAGCUGACCAAGAGUCUCCAUCACACCCAAGAACUGCUCUAUGAGAGCACCAAGGACUUUCUACAACUAAAAUUUGAGAACCAAAAUAAAGAGAAGGUCUGGAUGCUUGAGAAGGAUCACCUGCUGUCAAAGAUUAAGCAAUGUAGAGUGCAGUGUAAGAGGAAAGAAGACAAACUUGGAAAAGUUGUUCCCAUUUUACAUGAGAGUCAUCACGCUCAAAAUGAAUAUAUUAAGUCUCUUAAGGAUAAGCUAAUGCAAGAGAAAAAGCUCUCCAACAUGUACCAAGAACAGUGCAUUUCCCUAGAAGAGGAACUUGCUCGAAUUCGGGAGGAGGAAGGAGUGAGGAGAGAGAUCUUCAAGGACCGUUCCAACAAGAUGGGCAAGCGCUUACAGAUAAUGACAAAACGCUAUCAGGCCUUGGAGCAUCGACGAAUCCUGGAAGUAGAAGGCUUCAAGACAGACAUUAAGGUUCUCCGACAGAAGCUGAGAGAGCUGGAGCAAAUGCUCUAUAAGGCAACCAUGAGUACUCAUGGAAAUCAGGACCUGGCCAUUCUGUGUGAAGUCCGUGAUAGCAACAGAAGAACUCAUAAGAUACAAGGAGAACUGAAGAACCUCAAGUCUAAAGUGUUUGGUCUGGAGAAUGAGCUUAGGUUGUGUUGAUGUCUCAUUUUAGGUUUGGCUUCCGGAAACCUGAGGCAAAGUCACUUGUUCCCAGAAAGUGGACAUGGAGUUGUCCAGAGUAGUGGCAUCAAUUUUAAAUAAAGAUAGUGUUAAGGGCAUGAUAGUUCACACUUACAAUCCCAGCACUUGGGAAUCUGAGGCAGGAGGAUUGCCACAAAUUCAUGGUAGAAGCAGGUGGACCUCAGUGAUUCAUGGCCAGCCUGGUCUACAAUAGUGACUUCUAGAUCAUCCAAGGCUACUUAAUGAGAUCCUGUAUAAAAAAAAAAAAAACAAAAAAAAAAACAAAACAACAACAACAACAAAAAUAAAACAUCAAAACUAGAGAAGAAGAAAAACAGUAGCAAGCUUGGCCCUGGCAAAGCCGCCCUGGCAGACUGCCGUCUCACCGACCCAUUAGCCUUUCUGGGGCCUUGGAACUGUAGCCUCAGUUACUUGGAGACUUUUCUACUUUUCUUUUAUAUAUUGAUGGGCUUUUCUGUCUUUAAAAAGUCAGUGAUGGCAUGUAGCUUCUCUGGUGAAGUGCUUGUUGAACAGAAAGCCCUGGGGUCUAUCGCUAGCACCACCUAAAGCCAGGUUUGGUGGCUGACUGUAGUCAGCACUGGAGAGAGGUAUAUGUAGGAGGAUCUGAAGCUCAUAUUCACCCUUGGCUGUAUGGUGAGUUCCAGGCUAGCCUGGGCUACAUAAGACCAUGUCUAAAAAUGAAAACAAGAAACAAAAACAAAACAAAACAAAAAGAUAAAAACUUUGGAAGAGCUGUUUUACUGAGCUUGGCUAGUGGGAGAACGUGUUUCCUGGAGGACCAAAGCCAUUCACUGAAGUGCAUUCCGACUCAGGAGUUACAUACUCAUGGACAGAUUCAGACUUAGCUGUGUUCUGCGUGACUGACCACCAGAGGGCAGCACGGCCCUUGCUCUUAAGUAAAAUUAGUCCUCAAGAACAGGGUGCUACUUACCUACAGUGGGCAAAACCAAAAUGAUACUUUAUGUAAAAAAGUUUGACAUUUUAUUAAUAUUUUUAAAAUUAUUCAAAUUAAGUAUUUUCAAUAAAAUGUGUGGUUU